GGCGCUGGAAAUGGAAGAAAAAAAGGCAGCGAUAUUUUUAGGCUUAAUAAUGGCGGCAUAGACCUGGGUCGGGAAUCUACACGCAGUGAUCUAUUCCCAGAGUCGAGUUGAGAGAAGGACAAGCGGGCGGCCAGGAACAGGCUGCUGCUGGCGUGCCUGUGGCUAAGUUAUCAGAAUGAAUGACAAACCUCUCUGGGAGCAGAUUGGAAGUGGCUUUGUUAAUCAUUACUAUCAAGUUUUUGAUGCAGACCGGGGCCAACUAGGAUCGUUAUAUAUUGAUGCAUCAUGUCUAAGUUGGGAAGGACAGCAGUUCCAAGGUAAAACUGCUAUUGUGGACAAACUACUUGCCCUUCCAUUUCGAAAAAUACAACACAGCAUAACUGCACAAGACCACCAGCCCACCCCAGAUAGUUGCAUCCUGAGUAUGGUCGUGGGCCAACUUCAGGCUGAUGAAGACCCAGUCAUGGGAUUUCACCAGAUAUUUCUACUGAAAAAUAUCAACGAUUCUUGGAUCUGCACCAAUGAUGUCUUCAGGCUAGCACUGCAUAACUAUGGCUGAGACUUCUGCCUCAAGCACAUCCCUACAUCCACUCUUUUAAUCUGCUAUUAAUCACAAUAACUAGAUUCCAAAUAUCAUACACAAGUGUGUACACAAAGUAAAAUCUGCAAUCUGUGUAGUAUUGAAUCAGUUUGCUUGAAUUUAGCUAUUUGUGCAUGAUGUUUGGAAUGAUGUUACUUUAGCUGACAUGGGCAAGACAGUACUCCAGUGUGUGUUGUACCAGCAUGCCUUAGAAGAUAAGUCAUCCUACACUUUUUUUUUCUGAUGUGUACUGGUAAGUUGCUAUAGCAAUCCAAAGAAUUGAAAUAAAUAAGAGCAACUGACUGUCUAACUUUUUGAUCUGUUCAUAACUUUUGUUGACUCAUGAUACAAUAAACCAUGUACUUUUCUUAAGAUGGAAAUUGUUUCAUUUGGUUUCCUGGCAGGUUUAAAGGUGUUUAUUUUAUGAAGAAUGCAUCUGACCAUAUAAACCAAUUGAAAGAUAAAAUUGCUGUUGAGACUUUGUGCUGGUGCAAAGAUUUAGUCACUUGUCUUACCGAAGGACAGUCAUAACAUAAGUCAACUUGGACGUAGCUAUUUGGGCUCUGUCUUCCAUAUGAUCUAACUUUGUUUCAGUUUCAUGGAAGAAUAUGUUCUGUCUCUCGCUUAAUAAGCUGAGACUGUAAAAAAAAAAUGACUGUAUAUCAUAGCUAUGAAACAGUAUUCAACAUUGUGUAAAUGUUGAAUUAAUUAAACUACAAAUUUACUUAUCUGUAUUUGAACUGGAAAGUCAUAUUGCUUAAACUUUGAAAAUUUGAAGGAUACAGUAAAUUUAGCCAAUACUUGGAACAGUGUGUUGCACCUGUAGACACCUUUUUGCAUUAUGUUUUAAUUCUCUUUCUCCAUGGUUCUAACCAAGCGAUUUCCAUCAGCUUGAAGAGUGAAGUACUUUUCAAUAGGCUUUUCAAUGGCUGCUACUGACAAUGCUGCCCUGUGGUCAGUUGCCAAUUAAGUUUGAAGUGGAUAAAGAAUAUCAGUUUUUUUUUGCCCCGAUAACGUUCACAAUUGUGAAUUCUAAUGCAAUGUUUCCCUAACAUUUAAGUUUAUGACCACAGGUUGUACUGUCUCUGUUCAAAUAUGGCUUUAUCUAUUUUGUUUAUGAUUGAAGUAAGUCCAAGUAACCUGUCACAGUUUAAUAGAAAAUUGAGUCCAUUCAUUCAUAUUAGACUAUACAACUUGGUACCAGAACUGUAGAUUAUAAAGCAAAAAGUCACGCAAUAAGCAUUUGUAAACAAAAGAAGUUAGCAUUUAUCUUAAGAAUUAUGUGAAUGUUACUGGUACGGUUGUCUUUAAGAAUGUUGGAUUUUUUUAUCCUAAUAUAAUUAGUAUGCAUAAGUUUGGUAUGUAGAUUUUGGAUUUUCCUUUUCUUGAAUAGCAUUGCAUGCUGAAAGUACAGUCUUAUGAUUACCUAGACACUCUGGCAUCUCACCUAAGUUACGUUGUCAGCAGCCCAUUCCUUUACUACACCCAUUUACAUUCUGGAAAAUGUUAAUUUUUAAAAACAAUAAUUGAAUAGCUAUAAGGAAUAGGAUUUUCCAUUCUCAGUCAUACCAUGAUUUGACUCCAAUUUGUUUAGAUCUGAAUGUUUCAACAUGAAGGCUUUUCUUAAUACAAUAUUUAUAGAAGGAAUUUUGACACUGGAUUCAUUUACAUAAUGGAUUAUGUGUGAAAUACAUUUAUGAGAGGUCACUUGUACAGGUAUGCAUCCAAGUAACUUCCAAAAUUUUAGAUUGUGAUAUGAGCUUGUAAUUUGUGAAAACCUUUUCCUUUUGAAAACAGGAAUGUAGAUUUGUUUUGAAGUCAUCAACAUUUUUCUGUGAACUUGAAGGAUUAAUUCCUAAUAAAUUCAAAGCAUUUUGAUGACACUAUUCCUUUUAAGUUCAGUUAUUUAGAACUGGAAACAUAAAGUAGCAGUUUUAAUCGAUAACAGUUAGCACAUGAUUAGAGUUAAAUCUUGACAUAGUGGCCUAAUUACUUUGAAAAUCGCAGAUUGUUCCCACAGCUUGAAUACUCUUGCGCAAUUUGGUAAUGCUGGCAGACAUAACUGGGAAGCAUUAAGCCUCUGGUUUGUUGCAGCAAGUGAGCAUUUGACUCAUUCCAGCAAUGGUACAACAAUGAUUAGAAAAGGCAGUUACAUGAAUCAAAUAUGUAACACAAAACAAUGUGCUGAGUUAGAAUUUUUUAAUUUGAAUCUGAUAUUAAAAUGAAGUAUGUAGGGGACUGUCCGAAGUAUGAUUCUAAUUUUAGCUAUCCAGAAAUAUCUAAUAUUUUGUGGACAAUAACUUAAUGUCAUUAGUUCCCAUAAGAAGUUGUUUGGUUUUCCCAAUUGCAUGUAAAAUUUCUAAAAUAUACAAAUAAAGCCAGUUAAUUCAAAUUUGAUAGCUUCCUAGUUCAUUGAUGUUUUACUCCAGUUGAAGAUCAUAGCUAUCAUCGUUGAAAACUCAACUCUGUGCCUUUCCCUUGGUUGAAUCAAUUUGGAUAUUUGUUGCGAUAAUGAAUGUGUGAUCUGAAAUUACCUUGUUGAGUACUGAGGAGAGUUUAUUGGGGAGCAGAACAAAUGUGUCUAAGUCGAUUCAGAAUUUUGUAUCAGUGUUGCGGAAGCUGACGUUUUUAAAGACCUAUGUGAAGUGUGUAAUUGUAUCAUAACUUAGCAAGGAACAGUUUCUCUUGCAAUGUUAUUCAGUAGCUUCUCUUUACAUUUUGUUAUUAUACUAUUCUUAAAUGGUCAAACCAUGGUACAUUGCACAUCUUAGACCGUAAGACAUUGGCGUGGAAGCAAGGCUGUUCGGCCCAUCGAGUCCACUCCGCCAUUUAAUCAUGGCUGAUGGGCGUUCCAAUUCCACUUAACAGCAAUCUCCCCGUAGCUCUUAAUUCAUUGCAAGGUCGAGAAUUUAUCAAUCUCUGACUUGAAGACACCCAACAUCCUGGCCUCCACUGCGCUCCGUGGCAAUGAAUUCCACAAUGUUCAUUGACGCAUUACAUUAUCUUUAAGUAUUCACAGAAGUAAUGUGGCUAAUUCCCUGGAUAGUAUGAUGUCUGAUGUAAAUAUUAAGGAAUACUAGCACACUGUUUAAAAAAAAAAUUAGUCUUCUAAAUCCAGUAAUCAUCUCAUUACUGAAGAGUAUUUGAUGUAAUCAUGUUUUUCUCCUGUUAACGUACUCAAAAGAGAAUAGUUGUAUUUAUUUUACAUUAAUUUGGCUGUUUCAAACCUGUCUUGUUUCAAUGAGGAGGUCAUUGUUCUUUUUAACAAUGAUCAGAACCAAAAUUGUAAUGUUAUUGGUUGGUGGGAAAUUUAUUUUCACCAAUUUCAAACUAACAGUAUCAAUUUUUUGUAAUGAGGCCUUGCAUUUGACAGUUUGACUGACAAUUUACCCUCAAUUAAGGUUGGCAGAUUUGAAUAACUCAGUUAAGGAUUUCGAGCAUGGCUGCAGUAUAGUGCAGGGCCACCUAUUUUUUUUAAUGUUGGUUGACGCUGAUUAUUGAUUGCUUAACCAUUGGUGCUACUAUAUCAGUAUUUGUAACAUAGCCUAUGAAGUUUGAGAUGAGAUGUAAACUCCACUAUAUUUGUGAUCAUGAGUAAUAUUAGGGUCAAGAACUUCACUAACUUUGUGUAUAAGACUUAAUUGAAACAUGCUGAUUUCUAAUUUGGCUAUGGAAUAUUUUCGGUGUCAGUGUGUGGUUGUGAAAUAUUUUCAGCCAGUUUGGAGAAAGAAAGGUCUUAAAUCGGUUUUCAUUUGACAUAUUCUUUCAUGUAAUCUUAAUUACCUUUCUGACCUUACUCAUUGUUGUACUUAAGCGAAUUGACAAAAAUACUUGAGGGUGUGCUUUUUAUAGUAUAACUCUAACUCUUACUUGAACAGGUUUUGGGCAACAUUACUGCAAUCGUGUGUAACCUGACAGUUUAAGUGCAAAUGUUUAAAAUCAGUCGCUGAUCAAAAUGAUAAUUGGAAGAUAAAUUUUAAUGGAAUUGUAACUAUGCUGUAAAUUUUAAAGAACUGCAACACAUGAAGCUUGGCAUUUAUUUACAUUAAAAUGUAUAUCUUGAAGUUGCAUAAAAGUAAUGAGAAAACCAUCUGAAAAAAUGUCAAAAGUGGAUGUAUGCAAAAGAAUGGAUAGUUGGGUGAAUUAGUUGAUGUUGCCUUUCAUAUAGAUGUGACUCAAAGCUGCAGAAUUCUUGACAACUGCAAAGCACCACGUGCAGCUUACACCUAUUGUAUCAAAGGACUUAUGUUCAGAAAUUAUUUAAACAUGUUACUUUGUGCCAUUCUAAGGAUAUUUUGUUUUGCCUUAGAUAUUUGCUGUUUGAAAAAAAAUCUGAUUUAAAUUUUUUUGCAAUAACCAUUUAAUCUUUAUUAUUUUGCUAUCUGGUAUAGGUUGACAGGAAUACAGCUUUCAAGCUCCCUUUAGUCCAGACAUAACUAAGAAUCUUGGGCUGUCUGAUAUUCCUGUUGUGAUUCUUUCUAUAUGCAGAAUCUAACUUCUCAUGACCUGUUUUAGGAAAGUGAAAGCUCUUCUUUCAAUAAUGACUGGUACUCAUUGACAAAAUUGCAGUGUAAAAAUCCUUGUUUUGUUGGUUUCUAAAAUAAACUUUAUCAAACAGCU